GUGCGCCCUUUUUGUAAAGCGGGCUUCUUGGAAAAGGCUUUUUUCUUCUUUCUUUCAUUCAACUCUGCCUACAACCUCUAUUCGAUCCUCAAUCAUGGCAGUCGAUCAGGGCAGCAUUCCAGACGUCUCCAUUCUUACAGGACACGAUUUACCUCAAACCAUAGAAUCGCCGGCUACUACCACGGCCACCACUACUGCUCAGACAACACCAGAUAAUGAGUUGACACAAGCCAUGGUCGAAGAGGAAGUCAAUUUAGCAAAGGUCACUCAGAAAGAAGAAGACAAGCGUAUUCAAGAAGAGGCUCAAGCCCAGUUUGACACAACUGUCAAAGAACAACGCAUGAAGCGUUUGCACUUUCUACUGGAAAAGUCUGGUGCGUAUGCUACUAUUCUGGGUCAAAAAUUGGCAAAACAACAAGAAGAAGCACGCGAACGAAAUGCCGCGCCUGCACCUUCCACUACGACUACUCCGGCAUCGUCAUCCGCUGCAGCACCGCCAGCAGCAGCACCAGAAAAACGUGGAAGGGGUCGUCUUCGCAAGAGAAAGGCUGAUGAUGCUGAUUAUCAGUUGGGCGACUAUUUAAAUGAAGAGGAUAUCAAACGGCGCAAGCAGUCGAACAAUGAUGUGGGCAAGGCCAUCCAAGAAGAUAUGGAGAACAUGAACUCUAAGCCUACAUCAACAGUUCCUGCGCGUCAGCCUUCCUUGGUCACUGGAGGUGUGCUUCGCGAUUAUCAAUUGGCUGGUGUGGAAUGGCUCAUUAGCUUGUGGGAGAACGGUCUCAAUGGUAUCCUAGCUGACGAGAUGGGCCUGGGCAAGACUUUGCAAACGAUCAGUUUUAUUGCUCAUUUGAAGGCAAUGAAGGUUGCCGGUCCGUAUCUCAUUGUGACGCCGCUUUCAACGCUUGCAAACUGGGUCAAUGAGUUCAAGAGAUUCGCCCCUAAAAUUCCGGUGCUGUUGUAUCACGGAAGCAAAGAAGAACGCCAGCAUAUGGUCAACCGCAAGAUGCCCAAGAAGAAGGAAACAACCUUUGAUUUCCCUAUCAUUGUGACUAGCUACGAAAUUGUCAUGAACGACCGCAAGCAUUUGCAGCGCUAUAACUGGAAAUACAUUGUCGUCGACGAAGGACACCGUAUUAAGAAUUUGAACUGCAAGCUGAUCAAGGAGUUGAAGUCGUAUUCAUCCGCUAAUCGUCUGCUGCUUACUGGCACGCCCUUGCAGAACAAUCUUGCUGAACUGUGGAGUUUGUUAAACUUUUUACUACCCGAUAUCUUUGAUGACCUUGACAUGUUUCAAUCAUGGUUUGACUUUUCUGAUAUCCAUGAGAAGAGUGGUCAGGAUCGCAUCAUCAAGGAAGAAGAAGAGGAUCGAAUCAUCAGCAGUCUCCAUACCAUUCUCCAGCCAUUCUUGUUGCGUAGGCUGAAGACUGAUGUGGAACACUCGUUGCCUAAAAAGAAAGAAUAUCUGCUUUAUGCACCUCUCACACGACCCCAAAAGAGUCUCUACGAUGCCAUUCUGAAGCGUGAUCUUCGCGAUUAUCUGAUCAAACGCAAGACCAAGGGCUUACAGGAAGACCCACAACAACAGCAGCAGCCAUCACAACAACCACAGCCUCAGCAACUGGAAGAAGAUCAGACCAAUGAAAAUGACGAAGGAGGCAAAGCCCAACGAAACACCAAGUCCACCGUCGAUUACAAAGAAAAGACAGAUCGCCAGUAUUUCAAGGAAUUGGAAAAGGCGGCUGAUGAAAACACAACCCCGGUGGUGGACCAGAACGCAGUGGAGAAGAAACAGCAGCUAUCUGCAGCGGUCAAGCAAGUCAAUGGAUUGCAUUUGCAAAAUAUCGUCAUGCAACUUCGCAAGGUGUGCAACCACCCGUUCCUGUUUGAUUGGCCGAUCGAUCCAAAGACCAACACCCAUGUCUUAAAUGCAGAUUUGGCUGCACAGUCCGGCAAGGUCUUGCUGCUCGAUCGAUUGCUGACUGGACUGUUUGAUCGUGGCCAUAAAGUCCUUGUGUUUUCGCAGAUGACCAAGAUGCUCGACAUUCUGGAAGAUUGGGCAACGGUAUUGAAGGGCUGGCCUAUCUGUCGACUGGAUGGCGGUGUACCUCAGGAAGCGCGCCGGCAACAGAUCGAGGCAUUCAAUGAGCCAUCGAGUCCUUUCAAACUCUUUUUAUUGUCAACGCGUGCAGGUGGUCUGGGUAUCAACUUGACAGCAGCCGACACGGUUGUGAUAUUUGACAGUGAUUGGAACCCACAAAUGGAUUUGCAAGCACAAGAUCGCGUUCAUCGUAUUGGCCAGACGAAACCUGUCUUGAUCUACCGUUUUGUGGCAGCGAAUACAGUUGAAGCGAAAAUGCUAGAACGAGCAACAGCCAAAAGACGUCUAGAAAAGCUUGUGAUUCAAAAGGGCAAAUUCAAAACGCCUGUCUCUGCUUCUGCGAAACGCGACCAAGAAAGCACGCUGCGUGAGCUGGCUGAAAUCUUGGCAUCGGAGGACGGUGAGCAAGUCCAAAUUGUUUCCCACGGCGAUAAAGUCGUUUCGGAUGAAGACCUAGAUAAGCUGUUGGAUCGAAGCGAGCAGGUGUUUGAGGAACAGAAUGCAAGCAGCACGGGCGGUUUCCGAGAGAUCAAUACUUCUGAGUUGCAGGACUCGAAGAAUGAGGUUUUGGCCACCCGAAUGUAACGCAUACAAAAGACAUUUUCAUAGUACUACAUAGCCUUCGGUCGCAAAAGUAUCCCAGAAAGUCAAAAAUAAACUACUCCGCAUUCCUCAUAAAUCGACAAGGUGUUGUUGACGUUUAUGUAGUACGUAAACGGCGGCAUUAAUUAGAUUGUAGGACCGCUCUUUCGUGAUCCUGUUCCGCGAGUGAUCAAAAGCACCACAGACGCGACGGGCAGUAAUAGCGAGCCAACAAACCUACAGCCAACCCAGAAGUGUCAAGGGCGGUUGAUUUCACAUUGUCUUGCAACAAAAUGAA